UAUUGAUUUUCCAUAAAGAUGAAUUCCAGCUUCCAGGUCUCUCUGACAGGCACUAUCUGGGUGUUUUGUUUGCUCCGAGGGUGGAAAUACAUGUUUUAUUAAGUGUCAGAACUCGCUAAUGAGAAGAGGGAGGAAAAUCAAUUGUCUGCUUAUAUCUUGAUCUUAAAGACUAACAAGUUCUCUAUUUUGAUGCUGUAGUCAGGAGGACAGGGCAGAAUGACAAAUGGUAAACAGCAGCUGUCAGCUUCUCAGCAGUGGCAGCUCAGCUGAUGAGAGGGGAGGGAGAGGAGUAUAUGAAGUUUGAUGGCUUCAAACACAUUUUGUAUUAAUUCAGAGAAACUCGGGGAACUGUAAAAAAUCCUAUAGUUGAAUCGAUCUCUGAUGUAAAAAUACUGAAAAUAUUGGAGACUGCAAGCAGGUUUAUGCUCAUGUUCCUAAAAUCAAGACAGAAACUUGGCCAGCUGUUUAGGAUAGAGGUAACCAAAGGAAUUUCAUUUCUCCAUUCUAAUUUGAGAUGAAGAUUCUCACUUAUGAUGGUGAGAAUCGCAAGCAAGCUCAGUGCAGAAGUCUCAGCAACAAAUCCACUUUCAAUCUCACAUCAUACUGUGCUCAUGGAAGGCACUCAGAUGGCAUCCUACCCUUACCAAAAUGAAGAGUAACAUGGCUAAGCCAAGGACUCCACCUUUGCUGUUUUAAAAACCCAGAACACGAGGAAAGAGCUCCAGUUCCCAGCACGCUUUGUGACAGGUUUGGGAUCUAUGACACGAACAUCUCAGCACAUCCAUUUCUUGCAGGAACUUGGCAUGCUUAUUACCAAAUAGUGAUCUCUGUUAACCUCCUUCGAGCAAGGAUAUCAACUUUCUUUCACUUGUAUUUGUUAUCUUCCUCAUCUGUUACAGAAUCACACCUGACAAUUGUAUAGUUAAUCUCUUGGCAGCUGUGAAAUGAAACAGUAAGCUCAGGCUGCCAGGAGAAGAUGCAUUGAUUUCUUAAAAUGACAGAUCACCUCCUUGCUCGAUGCUCAAGCAGAAGCUCAGGGACAGUGUUAUGGAUCUUGGCUAUCAUUCAAUUAAAAAAGCUUAGCAAAGAUGCACCAGCUAAGCGUCCAAGACAGCAUUAAGGCUAAGCUCCAACCCAAAGACUUAAUCGCAGGGAGUAUGAAAGCACCUUCAGACCCAGAAAGUCUGUCUAGCUUGCUGAUGGCAGCCCCGGUCGUGGUGCAGAGCUUAUUGCUGUGAACCAGACGAGCCUGCCUCUCCUCUGCAAUAAAACAGAACAGACUGGCCGGUCUGGUCCCUCAGCACAGCAGAACAGGAAAAUCCCUUCCUUCCCAAAUGGAAGCUUGCUUCACUUAAUGGAGCAGUCACUUCCCAGGGUACAGAGAGACAGCUCAGGGCUCCCCAGGAUGGAACCAGCUUUUCUGCUCAGUGCUGUAUGCCCUACACCCUGGUCUGAGGGUGCUGCGCAGACAGUGAUGACCUGCAAUAGCUGUUUCAUCCCUGUCUGCAGGGAUCCCUGGCUUAGGGCUGUGUCACCGUGGUUUGCUGCUGAAGUCAGGGCUCUGUGAACCAAGCCUUAAACCGGCCCGCAGUGAGGCGGCUCUGUCAGGCUCUAAGGACUUGGAGAUAGGGAUGGUAAAGCACUGCAGCCGCUGCCUAGCUUCAUGCAGCAGAGGUGAAGCAAGCAGUGAGAAUGCCUUACACAGGGAAUCAAAGCUUUGGAAAUUGUCUUUUGGAUAUUGCAAUAACCACAAACCCUGGACUCCUCAGAGCAUCGGCUUAGUGCUCCCAUAGCCCACAGCCAGGGCACAAAACGGGAGGUAAAACAAAAUAGGUUUUGGAGGAGGAGGGAGCUACCCUCGCACUCCUGCUCAUCCCUUUGCAGCUCUCUAGGAAUCCACACUGGCAGCCCAGGGCUCCUUGGCACAGCUCUUGGCCAUGCUGAGGACAGAGGAUGCUUGUGAAGCAGGCAAAAGCCAGUCCCUCAGCCCCGGCACAGCCAGCACCCAGCUCAGGAAGGCAGUCUGAGACAGCACUAUCAGCACGCACACACACCUCACUGGUUAAUCAGGGAGAGACACCCAGCCCCAACCACAGACCUGCCCCAGGCCUCAGCCCUCAUACAGCACAAUGCGCUGCCAUGGUAACGGCUGAGGACUGCAUGCAGCCAGCCAGGCCGCAAGGCGAGGGCCAGGCCAGGCUGGGAGCACGGGGUGCAGAAGUGGGACGGGGCUCCCUGGCUGGCCAGGGGGAAGAAGGGCUCCCCAAGGUUGGGCAAGCAAGUUUUGGAAUCAUGAAUGUGAAUUUGAAUGAAUGUGAAACCAAUUCAGAGAAUACUGUACACAGCACAGAGGAACAAGGCAAUGCCACCCGCAGGAGGUACGCCGAGAGAAGCAGCCUCGUACGGCAGUACCUGCAAUCUGAUCUGAGCCUCCACCUCCUCGAGAUACAUCAGAAGAAAGUGGAGCUUCUGAAGAAGUGUUGCUAUUACAUUGAGGUUCUGCCCACAUUUUUGAUCCUGAGAGACCAGAAUCUCUUGGCGCUUCCUACCAGCAUCUUCCAAGUAAUUGACCCCUGGAAAUUCCAGAGAGUGAAGAAAAUGGGAAGAUCCCAGACUGAAAUCCAUCUGCAGCUUUUAACCCACCUGUUAGAAGAGCUGCAACGAGGUCGGGAGGAGCUGGUCUGCUACGUAGAGACCUGUGACAUGGUAACUUUCCUCUCCAAGUGGGACUCGAUUAAGCAGAGAAUGUCAGACCUCUCCAAAAUAAUGAACAAUUUCAUUUCCGUGCAAGUAUCAAGAAGGCUCUACACCAAGCACCGUUUGGUGUCAUGUGCAGAUAUUAGGGGUAGCAAAAUACCAGACAUUCGGCUUUUUCUCUGUGCAAAGAUGCCAGUUAUGUUUGAUCGAAACGAAUCAUUUGCACACAAGAACUGGGCCCACCUCAAAUGGUCCAUCGAAAAUCAAGAGUCACCCCACGAACAAUUUGAACUGCAUUUUAAGUUAGUGAAGCGUGGAACUCAGGCAGAAUUUGGACACUGUGGGCUUGUGACACGUACCACCAACACCUGUGUAGUCCAGGGCCUGCUGCCUGACCGAACGUACGAAUUCAUGAUCAGAAGAGCAGAAGUAUACACGCUGGUCUAUGAAGUAUGGCAUGACACCAUCACACUGACCACAAAAGCUAACAUAACUGAAGACAAAAGCACCCAAGAACCAAUGGAUGAGGUGGCUGACAAGAAUGCUUUCCCAUAUUUUCCAUUUGAAAAAAAGUGAACAAGAAGAAUAAAGAAAAAAUCCUGAUAUUUGA